AUGGAGGCACCACAUGAGCAAUUAUGUCUAAAGAUGUGUUUCAAGGAUCAACAUCAAUUCAGAGAGGCUUUGUUGAACUUACACAUCACUCAAGGCAGAAACUUCAAAUAUCAUAGGAACUCAGAUCAAAGAAUAAUUGUAGAAUGCAACCAAAAACAUUGCAACUUCUUUAUGGUGGCAGCAGUUAUAAAAGGUGAAACUACUUUUGUAAUUAAGAAGAUGAGAAUUAAGCACACUUGCCCUAUUAGUACAGAGACAACAAGGGUAAGUGCCAAGUGGCUUGCACAGAAGUAUGAGUCACUGUUCAGAUCUGAUCUAACAACUGGCAUUCAGACUUUGAUUGAUGCCUGCAUGGAGAAGUAUGGUGUGGAUGUGCCCAAGUCAAUGGCAUAUAGGGCAAAGAACCUAGCUAUUGAUGCUGUGCUAGGAGACCACAAGAAGCAAUACCCUAGGUUGAAAGACUAUGCUCAGACAGUGAUGGAUACAAACCCUGGGAGUAGAGUAGUAGUCACUACUGUAAUUCCAACACCCACUGAAAAAAUCCCCCAUCCAGGUCCAAGAUUCCAUGCUAUGUUCUAUUGCAUCAAUGGAGCAAGGGAGGGGUUUCUCAAGGGGUGCAGACCAUUCAUUGGUGUUGAUGGGUGCUUCAUUAAGUUAACUACUGGUGCUCAACUACUUGCUGCCACUGGUAGAGAUGGCAACAACAAUAUAUACCCACUAGCAUUUGGUAUUGUUGGGCAAGAGGACACACCUAACUGGUGUUGGUUUCUACACCAACUUAAAAUCUGCCUAGGAGGAGAAGUGGGAAGGUUUGGUCCAUAUACAAUAAUGUCAGAUAGACAAAAGGUAUGUGCUUGCAUCUUAUGUCAUUGUUCCUAUAUGGGCCUACUGAAUGCAGUGAAUGCUGUCUUUCCUAAGUGCAACCAAAGGUUCUGCCUUAGGCAUAUCUAUGCAAACUUCCAAAAUGCUGGGUUUAGGGGGGAAGAUCUGAAAAAGUGUAUGGAUAAUGCUGCCUAUGCAUAUAGUGAACACAAAUUUAACAUUGCAAUGAAUGACCUUAGAGCUGAGUGUGAGCAAGCUUGGGAGUGGCUUUGUCAAAUACCCAAGAAAACAUGGGCAAGGCAUGCAUUUGACACAAACUGCAAGACUGACCUUGUAGUUAACAAUUUAUCUGAGGUGUUCAACAACCUCUUGCAAGGAAUUCCAAUGCUGGUGCUGCUGCUACUACACCAGCAUCAAGAACUUCUCAUCCAGCUCCUACAACAACACCAACAGCUGGAACAGGAGCUGGAACAGGAGCUGGGAGAGGAGCUGGGAGAGGGGCUGCAGCUGCAGCUGCUGGGAGUGGUGCUGCUAGAGGUGCUGGUAGAGGUGCUGGUAGAGGUGCUGCACCAGGUGCUGGGAGAGGUGCUGGGAGAGGGAGAGGUACAUUCUCUCCCCAAGGCAAUCUGGUCCCUCCACAUCUACUGCUCCCUCCACAUCUACUGCUGGGAGAGGUGCUGGUGGUACACAUAG